AUGAGACUGUCAGGUCUACUUCGCUUCCUGGCCCUAAUUUUUGCCGUGGUUACCACGUGGCUCUUCAUCCGUGAAUAUAUCAACUUCAACAUAAAAACCCUUCGCCUGCCCCGCUGGAUAGGUUCAGCCCACAAGAACUCUGCACAGUUGGUGAAGACCAAGUGUGGCCUCAGCAAAUCGUGCCCAGACAACUUCUUUGCGUUUAAAAUCGUCAGUGGGGCCGCCAACGUCGUGGGCCCCACCAUGUGCUUUGAGGACCAAAUGAUCAUGAGUCCUGUGAAAAACAACGUGGGCAGAGGCCUGAACAUUGUCCUGGUGGAUGGAAACAAGGGAGCGGUGCUGACGCAGAAAUCUUUCGACAUGUACUCUGGAGAUGCUAGCCUCCUGGCAAAAUUCCUUAAAGAAAUUUCCGGGGACAUGCUGGUGCUGGUGGCCUCUUACGAUGACCCAGGGACCAAGAUGAACGAUGAAAUCAGGAAGCUCUUCUCCAACUUGGGCAGCACCCACGCCAAGCAGCUGGGCUUCCGGGACAGCUGGGUCUUCUUAGGGGCCCAAAACCUCCAGAGUAAAAGCCCCUUUGAGCAGUUCUUAAAGAACAACCCAGAAACAAACAAAUAUGACGGCUGGCCAGAGCUGCUGGAGCUGGAGGGCUGUGUGCCCCGGAAGAAGCUGCGUUUGCACAGCACUUCAAAGAAGAUUGAGAAAACGUCAACAGGAUGA